AUGGUCAUAGAGAACCAGAACCGCCAGUAUGGCGGGAUGGGUUUCGACAGUGUCUACUCACAUAAUGUACCACAUCACGCACCUCCCCAUUUCACCGAUCCUUGGGCAUCUGCGCAUACCUCUUCCCACUCAACUCCUCCAGUGUACGCAACUUCCAUGGGUAUCAAUCAUACCAAGCCAGAGGAAGUGAGCAGACCUGCCUUGUCCAUGCCAUACUCGAGCAUUCCUGUCUCCGCACCCUCGAUGGUCACAAGCAGCAGCUACUCGACAACACCCACGAACUACUCCGGAGCGGAGGUGAUAGGUCUCCAGCAUGAUAUGCCUCGCACGACCUUCGAACAAACGCCUACCUAUACUACAGCGUCAUCGAUGAGCAGUUUCACUCCUGCGACAUACGCACCGAUCAGCUACGCUCCACCUCUCGCUCACCCACACCCGGACAGCCGCCGGGUUUCACAUGUCGAUCCUCGUGCUAGUCAUUCACAGCCUCCGUCGGGCCCUACAUAUGGUGAUGCUCUUGAUGCCAGUCGUGGAAUGGUCGCGCUCAGCCAGGAUUUGACGCCUCGCAACAUCUAUGGUCCUCGUUCCAGGGCCUCGGGGGACUCGUACGGAUUUCCUUCGACCCAUUCGUCCGGGUCGUCCAUCUCCUCCGGGGCAAAUUACCCCUACUACAGUGCGUCGGUUGCGUCGGUUGAGUCGUCUGUCACGGAUUACAGUUCCACAACAUCUGAAUCUUACGAGAAUGGGCACCUGUCACGAACACUACCUCGCCCGUCGAACCUGUUGUCUGGAAGUGCUCCUCCCGGCCCACAGUCUAUGAUGAGUCAAUUCAGCUCGAAGAUGCCAUCCAACACACAGAAGAAGCACAAAUGCAAGGUGUGCGAUAAGCGGUUCACGCGCCCGUCGUCGCUGCAAACGCACAUGUACAGCCACACUGGGGAGAAACCGUUUGCAUGUGACGUUGAAGGUUGCGGAAGGCACUUUUCUGUUGUUUCGAAUCUCCGUCGACACAAGAAGGUUCACAAGGGCGAAAAAGAAAACGUAUCGGGUGGCGAGGACGAGUAG